AAUAUCAAGGAAGUUCAUAAAAUAUAGACAAAAUUGCAAAAAUGGUCCAUGUGGUAUGCAAAAUUUUGGGGUUUUAGUCCAAACCACGAGUUUUUUGGAUCCAUGGUCCUUUUGGAGUGGUUUCUAUGUGGUUUUGGUCCCUGGACUUAACUCCCGUUAAGUUGGAUCUGUUAAGCCCCCUCACGUGCCUCACACGUGAGGGUAAUUUCGUCAUUUCAUAUGUUAGGGACCAUUUUUGCAUGAACGUUUUUUUGGAUUAAUUCCUUUUUCCCCUCAUUUACUUUCCCCAACACUCGUCAACUCCCCAACUCCCUCCUUCUUGCUUCUGCUCCAUUGAACCUGCAAAAAACCCUCGUUGCUUAUCCAAACAAGAUAAUCGACACUACACAUACAAGGGGAUACGUUUAAUACGAAAUGGUGUUCGUAAUGUGGCAUAUCAGACCAAAACACGAAGUUGUUGAUGUAUCAACUGUAUAUGCUGGUGCACCCACAUGGUUUAGUAUUAAGCUUCAUCACGGUGGGAAAUUUACUAAGUUACCUGAUAUAAAGUACAUUGGAGAAAAUGAUGAUCAAGGGGCUGAAGUUGAGGGUCAAGUUCAUGCAGAUUCUCCAAUGAAAAAUGUGAACCAUGGUAAUGGUGAGCCUAUUGGUGAGUUCAUGUCUCUGAUUCUUUAUGGGAGUAAGAAUGAUAGUUUCUCACCAGAGUAUAGAAGGGGUAGGGUUGGGAAUUCCAAUAUAGGUGAAAGUUCUUGUAGCAAGAGGCUUAAUUUAGAUUAUAUUGAUGAGGGUGUUCACAUUUCAAAGGAAAAGAAUGAUGAUCAGGAUGGUUCAACUGAUGUUCAGGAGGCAGCAACUUGUGUUCAUAUUGAUGAGAUGGAUGGUGUUAGGGAGGCUGCAACUGUUGUUCAAGAGGCAUCAACUGUUGAUGAAGGAUGCUACAACACCCCCUGUUAA